AUGGUCAUCGAGAAGGCCAAGCGGAUGGUCGAGUACGGCCGCGACGUGGUGAUCUUCCUCGAUUCGGUGACGCGGCUCGCGCGGGCGUGGAACUCCGAGUGCCCGCCGAGCGGCAAGGUCCUCUCCGGCGGCCUCGACGCCAACGCGAUGCAGCGCCCCAAGCGCUUCUUCGGCUCGGCCCGCAAGGUCGAAGAGGGCGGCUCGCUAACGAUCAUCGCUACGGCAUUGAUUGAGACCGGCACCGGCAACCAAGAGAUCUUCCUCGACCGCAAGCUCGUGGAUAAGCGGAUCUGGCCCGCCAUCGACAUCGACCGCAGCGGCACGCGCCGCGAAGAGAUGCUGAUGGACCCCGAAGAGCACCGCCGCGUGAACGUCCUCCGCCGCGUCCUUUCGGAGAUGAACGCCCCCGAAGCGAUGGACCUGCUGACAACGCGUCUGGGGAAGACGAAGUCGAACGCGGAGUUCUUGAUGUCAUUGAAGGACUAG